CCUCCAAACACGCAGGCUCCACCAGACAACCAGCCACUCCUCCUCCUCCACCCACCCACCAGCCAGCCUCCUCCACCCAGCCAGUCUCCUGCACCCACCCAGCCUCAUCCUCCUCCCAUCCACCAAGUCUCCACCCAGCCUCCACCCACGCAGCCUCCACCACCCAACCAGCCAGCAAACCAGCCUCCUCCCCACCCACCCGCCCAGCCGCCUCCUCCACCCAGCCAGCAUCCUCCACCCACCCAGCCUCAAACCACCCACCCGCCCAGCCAGCCUCCAUCACCCAACCUCCAUCACCCAACCUCCACCACCACCCAGCCUCCUCCUCCACCCAUCCAGCCAGCCAGCGUCCUCCACCAACCCAGCCUCCACCCACACAGCCUCCACCACCCAGCCAGCCAGCCAACCAGCCUCGUCCCACCCACCCACCCAGCCAGCCUCCACCACCCAUCCUCCUCCACCCACCCAGCCUCCACAAACCACCCACCAAGCCUCCUCUACCCACCCAGCCUGCCAGCGUCCUCCACCAACCUUCCCAGCCAGCCUCCUCCACCCCAGCCUCCACCCACGCAGCCUCCACCACCCACCCACCAGCCUCCACCACCCACCCAGCCAGCCAGCCAGCCUCCACGACCCACCCAGCCUACACCACCCACCCAGCCUACACCACCCACCCUAACUCCACCACCCAUCCAGUCAGCCUCUUCCACCCAGCCAGCCUAGUCCACGUGGCCUCCACCACCCAGCCAGUCUCCUCCAACCAGCCAGCUUCCUCCACCCAGCCUCCUCCACCCAGCCACCCAGCCAGCCUCCUCCAGCCAGCCUCCUCAAAGCAGCCUCCACCACCCAACCAGCCUCCACCACCCAACCAGCCUCUACCCAGCCAGCCUCCUCCACCUAAACUCCACCACCCAACCUCCACCACCCAAUCAACCCACCCCACCCAGCCAGCCAGCCUCCUCCACCCAACCAGCCUCCUCCACGCGGCCAGCCUCCUCCACCCGGCCUCCACCACCCAGCCAGUCUCCUUCACCCAACCUUCACCUCCCACCCAGGCUUCACCACCCACCCUAACUCCACCACCCAUCCAGCCAGCCUCGUCCACCCGGCCUCCACCACCCAGCCAGUCUCCUCAAACCACCCAGCCUCCUCCACCCAGGCAGCCUCCUCCACCUGGCCUCCACCACCCAGCCAGUCUCCUCCAACCAGCCAGCUUCCUCCCACCCAACCACCUCCACCCAGCCACCCAGCCAGCCUCCUCCCACCCAGCCUCCUCAAAGCAGCCUUCACCACCCAACCAGUCUCUACCCAGCCAGCCUCCUCCACCCAACCUCCACCACCCAACCUCCACCACCCAAACAACCCACCCACCGAGCCAGCUAGCCUCCUCCACCCAGCCAGUCUCCUCCAACGAGCCAGCUUCCUCUACCCAUUCUCCUCCACCCAGCCAGCCUCCUCCACCCGGCCUCCACCACCCAGCCAGUCUCCUCCACCACCCAGCCAGUCUCCUCCAACCAGCCAGCUUCCUACCACCCAACCACCUCCACCCAGCCACCCAGCCAGCCUCCUCCACCCAGCCUCCUCAAAGCAGCCUCCACCACCCAACCAGCCUCUACCCAGCCAGCCUCUUCCACCCAACCUCCACCACCCAACCUCCACCACCCAAACAACCCACCCACCCAGCCAGCCAGCCAGCCAGCCAGCCAGCCUCUUCCACCCAGCCAGCCUCCUCCACGCAGCCAGCAUCCUCCACCCACCCAGCCUCCUCCACCCACCCAGCCAGCUAG